GAAAAAGAAAGAAAAAACCAGCGGGGAGUUUGGCGAAGUGUGAAGGAAAGGAACCUGGUAAAACCAGCAAGAGAAGCAAGUAAAGCUUCCCUUUUAUUUACUCCAUUAUUUUUAUUUAUUUUUCCGAGUAAAUAAUAAUGUAUGAAAUGUGAACUCGAUUCUCAACGAAGAAGUCUUUCUGUUGAGGUGGGUCUGAUCAUAUCACAUUCCCGUGGGUUUCUGCUCUGCGGCGGUGGAACGGCGGAUUCCGUCGGUGCUCGAUCAGCCGUCUCUUUCCCAUGGCCAAACGCGGAUACAAAUUGCAGGAGUUUGUGGCACAUUCCGGGAAUGUGAACUGUUUAAGGUUUGGUAAGAAGACAUGUCGGCUGUUUGUUACGGGGGGCGAUGAUCAAAGUGUGAACCUUUGGUCAAUUGGCAAACCAACCUCCUCUUCGUCAACCUUCUCUGGCCACACAAGUCCAGUGGAAUCCGUAGCUUUUGAUUCUGCAGAAAUUUUUGUGGCUGCUGGAGCUUCAUCUGGUUUAAUAAAGAUGUGGGAUCUAGAGGAUACAAAAAUGAUUCGCACUCUCAGUGGACACAGAUCAUAUUGCACUGCUCUUGAAUUUCAUCCGUUUGGGGAAUUUUUUGCUUCCGGGUCUAUGGAUACCAACCUAAAGAUAUGGGAUGUAAGAAAGAAAGGAUGUAUACACACCUACAAAGGUCAUACACGAGGAAUCAGCACAAUAAGAUUCACUCCUGAUGGUCGAUGGGUAGUUUCUGGUGGAUUUGAUAACGUUGUUAAGGUAUGGGAUCUAACAGCUGGAAAGCUUUUACAUGAUUUCAAACAUGAAGGGCAUAUUCGAUCCAUAGAUUUCCAUCCCCUUGAGUUUCUUCUGGCAACAGGUUCAGCAGAUCGUACUAUAAAGUUUUGGGAUUUGGAAAAUUUUGAAAUGAUUGGAUCUGUGAGGCGUGAAGCUACAGGAGUACGUUCAAUGGCCUUUCACCCUGAUGGAACAACUUUAUUUUGUGGACUAGAUGAUAGUCUGAAGGUGUAUUCAUGGGAACCUGUACUUUGUCAUGAUUCUAUUGAUAUGGGAUGGUCAACGCUUGGUGAUCUUUGCAUUCAUGAUGGAAAACUUUUGGGUGGUACAUAUUACCAGAGCUCAGUAGGGCUUUGGGUAGCAGAUAUUUCGCUCAUUGAACCGUAUGGUUCUUCUAUGAAUGCCAAUCAGAAUAGCAACUUGGAGCAAAAACAUGAACAAAAGGAAAGUGCAGUGGAGAUAUUAGGGAGCAAUAGAAGUUCAAAUUCAAGUAUCCGUUGCUCAUCUCCCGAUAAUGAUUCCAAAGAUAUAAAGAAUAUAUAUGUCGAUCGUAAGUUAAUGAACAUUUUAAGCAAAUAUGAUUUGCAACCAUAAUUAGCUCUGCCAGUGGUGGAUUCUUGAACUGAUAAUAUAUGCCACUAUUAUGCAUUUAGAUGCCAAAUGCUGAAACUUAAGAGCCUGUAUAUUACAAUGUCUCUCAUUUGGUUUUUAUCUAAAAGCAGGAUUAGGACUAUGCAGAGAAUGCAAAAUGUGGAGGUUUACUCUUGAAAUAGAUAACCUUUUCUUUAACUUUGUAUCUUAAUUCUGUGAUUUUAUGGUGCAUUUUCCUAUCCUUAUUUUUAGUGAUGUGUUAUACUCCCUCCUUCCCCAAAAGAAAUUGGCACUUUGACUUCAUGGAGUUUUUGAAAAGUGCUGAAAUUUGAAAAGUGAGUGUUUGUAAUUAGUUUAGAAGAGCGAGAAGCUCAGGAUCGCUGUGAGCCACAUAUUUCUUAAAAAAAUCAGGGAAGUGUUA